CCGGGGCAUACUAUCCAGCUCAGCCACAGUACUCUCCAUCUGUCCAGCCUACACCGGUCAUGAUCAACCCCACCCAGCAACAGCAACAAGCCCCGCCUCCUCAGCAACCACCGGCACAGUCACAAGGCCCACCAAAGAGGGAACGCAAACCGAUAAGAAUACGAGACCCCAACCAGGGUGGCCGUGAUAUCACAGAGGAGAUCAUGUCAGGGGGAAGGUCAACCACGACACCCACUCCCCCACAGGCCUCCAUAACAGAUGUGAGUACUGCUCAGACCAAUGGGGAAGUUGUACAGCCUGUCACUGGAGUGACAAGAAGAGAUGAAAACGCAGAGCUCCCUGCUAGUGCUGAAACACCUCCACCUCCAGCUACAGCGAACACAGAGCCUGUGCUGGAGGCCAAAGAGGAAACGGACAGCCAAAUAGCACUGCCAACUGAGCAAGCCGCACAACCUGUAGCUGCUCCAGCUGCUACUGAGGUGCCAUCCCCAUUGAUAAAGGACCAGCAGCCUCCUCCUUCCCUCCCUGCUGGAGCAGCAUCUACCACGCCUCCUGCUGAGGAAGUAAAUAAAGUCACAGCUAGUGUUAGUGACACGGUUGAUGCCCCUGUUGGACCUUCAGCAUCAUUAGCAGCACAAGAGGUACAUAUGAAAACGGAAGAACCUCCGGCUGCUCCGGCUGUUAAGGCACCAGAAAAGGAAGAAAUGAAAGUGGAGGAAGUGAAGAAGUUGGAAAAAGAAGAGCAGGUGGCCAGCACUAAGUUGGAGCCUGCGAUUGAGGUUGCAGCAGCAGCAGCAACAGUUACCCUUGUCAACAUGGCAAAAGAAGAAACGACUGUAAAGACACCGUCUGAAGUUUCCCAGCCUCCCCCCUCUGUACAGGAACCUGCUGCUGCACCGACCCAGAACGCUGACCUGAGCUCUGCCCCCGAACCUGAGCCCACACCAGUUGAAACAGCAGAGCCUCUUCUCUCCAACGGCCUUCCUCAGGAGCCUGAAGAAUUGUCUGAGGAUAUGAAAUUUUCAGACACUACACCCCACAUUAAGCCCGACACUUCUCAAUCUCAGGAAUCCACACCUGUGGCUACAACAGCAACACCAGCCCAGGAGGAAGAGGAGCAGCAGCAGGAGGAGGAAGAGGAGGAGGAGAAGAAGAAAGAAGAGGAGCCGAAGAAGAAAAGUGAGGAUGCCCCUCCUGCCUCCAUUAGCUGCCCAGAGGAAUCUACUAUGCAAGCUGCUACGUCUGUGCCAAAGAAGAGGAAGAACAUGAAAGAGCUCAACAAGAAGGAGGCCAUUGGGGACCUCCUGGAUGCCUUCACAGAGGAGCAGGUCGUCAGUCCUGUUUCUGAACCCUCGUCCACUCAGGCCAGUCCUCCAGCUCCAGCUCCAGCUCCAGCUCCAGCUGAACCUCCUGCUGAAGUGGCUGAUGAGACCUGGGAGGAGAAGGAAGACAAGCAGAGCGCAGAACCAGACAGGCCUAAAGACACACCUGAGCCAACUGAGCAGAAAUACCAGUACAAAGAAGAACAAUGGAAGCCGAUAAACCCAGAGGAUAAGAAGCGGUACGACAGGGAGUUUCUCCUGGGCUUCCAGUUUAUCAGCGCCAGUAUGCACAAACCCGAGGGCUUGCCUAUCAUCAGUGACGUAGUCCUGGACAAGGCGAACAAGACUCCACUGCGGCCUGCUGAUCCAGCUCGGCUGAUGAGUGUCGGUCCUGACUUUACUCCUUCAUAUUUGGGGAAUCUGGGAAGCAGAUCAGUGGGAGGACCACGAGGCCCGCCUGCUGGACCUCGUCGCUCCCAACAGGGUCAGCGGAAAGAGCCCAGGAAAAUCAUCAGCAGUAUGUCCCUCAAUGACGACGUGCAGCUCAACAAGGCUGAGAAGGCCUGGAAGCCCUCAGUGAAGAAGCCCACUCGCGUCCGUGCCGAGGAGGAAGUGGAUGAAAGCGAUCCAGAACAGGCCAAGACUCAAGAUUUGUUCAAGCGUCUGCGCAGCAUCCUCAACAAGCUAACCCCGCAGAAGUUUCAGGAGCUGAUGAAGCAGGUGACGGACCUGAAAAUAGACACAGAGGAGAGGUUGAAGGGAGCCAUUGACCUCAUCUUUGAGAAGGCCAUCUCAGAGCCCAACUUCUCUGUGGCCUACGCCAACAUGUGCCGCUGCCUUAUGGGGUUGAAAGUCCCCACCUCAGACAAACCAGGAGUUUUUGCAAACUUCCGCAAACUGCUGCUCAACCGCUGCCAGAAAGAGUUUGAGAAGGACCAAGAUGAUGAUGAGAUCUUUGAGAAAAAGCAAAAGGAGUUGGAGGCUUCCAAAGAUGACGAGGAGCGUGAGCGCUUGAGGGUGGAGCUGGAAGAGGCCAGAGACAAGGCCCGACGUCGCUCACUGGGAAACAUAAAGUUUAUUGGUGAACUCUUCAAGCUGAAGAUGCUGACAGAAGCCAUCAUGCACGACUGUGUAGUGAAACUACUGAAGAAUCACGAUGAAGAGUCUCUUGAGUGUCUCUGCAGACUGCUCUCCACUAUUGGCAAAGACCUGGACUUUGAGAAGGCCAAGCCUCGUAUGGAUCAGUAUUUUAACCAGAUGGACAAAAUCAUCAAAGAGAGAAAGACCUCAUCCAGAAUCCGCUUCAUGUUGCAAGAUGUCCUGGACCUCAGAAGGAGUAACUGGGUGCCUCGUAGAGGAGACCAGGGUCCUAAAACAAUCGACCAGAUCCACAAGGAGGCAGAGAUGGAGGAGCACAGGGAACAUAUCAAAGUCCAGCAGCAGCUCUUGUCGAAGAAAGAAGGUGGAGGAGGAGGAGGAGGAGGAGGCGGAGGUGGAGGCAGGAUGGGAGGGAACAUGGGCGGCCGCGGCCCUCACACACCAGGAGGUGGCCGAAUUAGCCAACCUCAGGAUGAGGGGUGGAACACGGUGCCCAUCUCCAAGAACAGACCCAUCGACACUACCCGCCUCAGCAAGAUCACAAAGCCUGGUGCUCUGGACUUCAACAAUCAGCUGUUGGCUCCAGGUGGCAAAGGCAUGUGGGGUAGCUGGGGAAAAGGCAGCAGCGGAGGAAGUGGAGCUAAACCUGCAGGUGGAGAGCAAGACUCUGGGCGUCCGGCCACCAGCACUCUCAACCGCUUCUCUGCUCUGCAGCAGUCGGCCUCAAUGUUGUCGUCGACAGACUCUGAUCGCAGAGUUCCUCAGAGGUCAAGUUCUAGCCGCGAACGUGGCGGCGACAGAGACAGGAGCGAGCGGGAUCGGUUCGACAGAUUUGACCGCGGCGAGGGCCGGGAAGGGAACCAAAUCACCAAGAGAAGCUUCAGCAGAGAGUCGCAGGAGCGCGGUGGGCGGGGCGGAGACAGCCGGGCCUCCACCGAGCCCGUGCGUCGCGUCGCCAGCAUGACCGACGAUCGGGACAGAGGAAGCAGAGACCGUGGAAGCAGAGACAGAGGAAGCCGGGAUCGAGGAAGCAGAGAUCGCGGAAGUCGGGACAGGGGUCCAAGCAAAGACCUCGCAGUUAAACGUGAGAGCGCCCCCACCCCUCCUCCUUCUCUUCCCAAACCUACCAUGUCUGAAGAAGAGGUGGAGAAGAAGUCACAUGCCAUCAUUGAGGAAUACCUCCACAUCAAUGACUUGAAGGAGGCGCUGCAAUGCGUGGCCGAGCUCAACAGUGCCUCGCUGCUCUACGUGUUUGUGCGGAACGGCGUGGAGUCGACACUUGAACGCAGCACCAUCGCGAGGGAGCACAUGGGCCUGUUGCUGCACCAACUUACAAAGGCAGGAACGUUGCCCACACAGCAGUACUACAAAGGGCUACAAGAGAUCCUGGAGGUAGCGGAAGACAUGGCCAUAGAUAUACCUCACAUCUGGCUCUACCUGGCUGAACUCAUUACCCCUAUGCUCCAUGAGGGAGGCAUCCCUAUGGGACAGCUCUUCAGGGAGAUCUCGAAGCCUCUUGUGCCUCUGGGGAAGGCCGGCGAGCUGCUGGCACAGAUCCUCAAGUUGCUUUGCAAAGGAAUGACCCCCAAGAAGGUUGGGGCUCUGUGGACAGAGGCUGGGCUGAACUGGAACGAUUUCUUGCCCAAGGAUGAAGACGUCAACAAGUUUGUCACUGAUCAGAAAUUGGAGUUCACCACAGGAGAGGACACGGACUCAAAGGAAGUCGGUAAGAAGACGGUCCUCAGUGGAGAGGAGCUCAGCAAACAGCUGGACAGACUCCUCCAGGACAAGGCCAACAACCAGCGCAUCAUAGACUGGGUUGAGGCUAACUUGGACGAGCAGCAGACUCCUUCCAACCAGUUUGUGCGAGCACUGAUGACAUCGGUCUGCCAGUCUGCCAUCAUAUGUGACAACCCGUACAAGGUGGAUGCACAGCAGAUCAGCCUGAGAGCCAGUCUGCUGCAGAAGUACUUGAGUGAUGAGCAGAAGGAGCUGCAGGCCCUUUACGCCCUCCAGGCCUUGAUGGUGCACAUGGAACAACCUGCAAACCUGCUGCGGAUGUUCUUCGACGCCUUGUACGAUGAGGACGUUAUUAAAGAGGAGGCCUUCUACAAAUGGGAAUCCAGCAAAGACCCUGCGGAGCAAACAGGCAAAGGUGUGGCCUUGAAGUCAGUCACCGCCUUCUUCACCUGGCUCCGCGAGGCCGAGGAGGAGUCUGACAAGGACUAAAAGACUAAACUGAAAGCUGCUGCCCCCCUUUGGCAAGGCGGGGGCUCUGCAGGCAGCCGUGGAGUCAUGGACAAUAUUGCCUGAGAGGCAGACUCAAAUCAAUCCUCAAUGAGGAUAAAUCUUUAUUAUUUUUUCUUUUCUUUGAGGGAUGGACUCAGAAAACAAUCAUUUCUCUCUAACCUCCCUCUCUUGCUUCCUCAUUGUUUCCCCACCUGCUUUACACAGCAAGUGUCCUCAUGAAAUAAACUUGAAAACUGAUUCAGCAGGAUUGCUUGUUAACGAGGUGUGAAGUAUCCCACGUCACUACGAAACUCUUUCCUUUUUUUUUCUCCCUGUCACAGUAAUACAAACCAACGGGCUGCUUUUCCAUCCUUCUAGACAAUUGUAAUGCCUAACAUCCAAUCCGAUCUGCAAGAAGCAACAGCAGGGGGGCGCGUGGUGCAGUGGGUUCCCCGAUACCGGGUAUCAUCAUCAUCAUCAUCAUCAUGCCAUAACGUGUGUUCAAUCCAAACACAGCUCUUAUGUCUUUGUCCUUUCCUGGAGUGUGCAGCAUGACUGAAGUGUGUUUCUAUUAAUGAUACAGUGGACAAAACGUUCGUAGACAAAAAAUGUACAUGAACUAAUCUUAAUUUGAUGGAUGGAGUUUUUAAAAAGCAAAGGUUGUCUAUUUUCUCUUCCUGUUUCCUACCAUGAACUCGCAGAGGACACAGGACUGGUGUUGACCUUUGACCUUGACUACUAGGGGGUGGUCUUAAUGCUUCCUCUAAAGCCAUCCUCUCCCAUCCCCAGUAGUGAACCACACUGACUGACUCUUCAUCUUUACCUCUUCUGGCUGUUGUAGAGGACACUUAACGACCCAAUCACCGUUAAAACUUGAAAUCUACAGAAAAUUGACUUGAUGAAAUAUAUAAAGUUAAAAAAAUGAAAAAAAAAAAAAAA